ACUGUCAAGUGGUACCAAUUGCACAUCUAUCAGCUACUUGCCUUAACAAUUCAUCGCAACAUUCAACCCAAUUUCAUACAACCACCCAUUUCUAAGCCUUCUUCUUCAACUUUUUUGUUUUAAUUAUUGUAUCAUUCUGAAUUCUACAAUAAUAAUAAUAAUAAUGUCUGUUCCUCUUAUCCCUAUCCCUUUCCAAGAAGAAACAUCUAGUAAGGAGCGGAAGAGUAAGAGGAAGUACGUCAACAGGACUUGGUCUCGUUCUUCUUCUGAUAUUUCCGGGUUAUGGCAUCAGCACAGAAAGCCCAAAAGAUGUAAGCUUAAUGUUCAGAAAAAUCUCAAUGUGAAAUCUAAGUCCUUUGCUGCUACUCAAGCUGAAGAACUUCGAUCCAAAUUGGAUCCGAGAUAUCCAAGCUUUAUUAAAUCUUUGGUGAAGUCACAUGUUACUGGUGGCUUUUGGAUGGGACUUCCUGCGCCAUUCUGCCAGAAGCAUUUACCACCAAAAGACACCAUCAUAACAUUGGAAACUCAAAGUAAGAAGCUAUUUAAGAUAAAAUAUCUUGCAAGAAAGACAGGUUUAAGUGGCGGGUGGAAAGGAUUUGCUAUUUCUGAAAGAUUGUUAAUAGGAGAUGUUCUUGUGUUUCAGCUAAUAGCAGAAGCCAAAUUUAAGGUCUACAUAGUAAAAGAAUAUAAAGUGACUGAGGUAGAUGGAGCUCUGUUCCUGCUAAAAUUGGAUACUCCCGAAAAACAAAGUGAUCCUGGAGCCAGAAAGUGUAUAGACUUGCCUCAAGUUGAUCAGAGAAGUAUGCAGCCACCUGAAAACUCAGAAAGUAACAGUACUGAAAAUUCGUUUGGAUCAAGAGUUGCUGAUGGUUUCCCGAUAUGUGAAGAAGCAGCUUUAAGUCCUAGUGCUGUUUCAACAUUUGACAACUUUAGCAUUGUAAUCAAUGACUUGCUUAAAGACUAUGAGCUCCCUCGACAUAUUAAAUGGAGUUACUAUAAACUGUGUUGCAGUCAAGACAGUUUGCUUCAUGCCAAUCUUCCGCAUUGGAUGAACCAUAUUUUGAUAGGUGGAGUCAUAAUUGAGACUGUUACCAUCGCUGAUGCUUUAAGACAGUGUGAUCUUUCAACUUCCAAGGAAGAAUUUGCCAUAUGGGAUAAGACUUUAAGGGCGCUUGAACUUCUUGGGAUGAACAACGGUUUUCUGCGUUCCCAUUUGCACCAUCUACAACGAAUUGUGCAUGAUCCGGAAGUAGCCACCUACAAUCAAAGAUGUUUGGAGCUAUGUUCUGAGAAUUCUCGCGCAGAAGAUGAGAUCAGGAGUCUUACGGCUAGACUUGCUGAAUUGAAGAAGGCCCAUAAGAAACGUGCUGCUGAUAUCGAUAAUCUGAAGUCGAAGAUUAACAGUCAUGAACUCAAGUUUCAGGAAUAGGUACAUGCCCCCUGGUGAAUUGGUAAUAACCUUCAUUACGAGUAACGUUAGACAAAUCCUGUCCAAUCCCAGUUCUUUAUUUUUUUUUUUAAAACCACCCCUAGUUAGAAGGGAAACCCCAGGCCAGUCUUGUUCAAAAAAUCAAAAAAUUGCCCGUCCAAUCCAAGUGUGUGAUUUAUCAUAGUUCCUUUCGCCAAAAGUUGCAAGGAAGAUAGCUGUGCAUUUUGAUAAUGGUAGUAGAUGUUUUCUUGUUUCAAAUUGUUGUGUAAUUUGUAAUAUUUUUGUAGCUUUUGUUCUGAUAUAAUAUAUAAUACGGGGUAGCUGAUUAGAGAAA